UAUUAGCUGCUCUGGAUUUCCACCUUCUAAUCAGACAAGUAAAAAUAUUUCAGGCUGGCUCUAUUUGAUUUGGUGAGAAUAUAGUUUUGUUUGUUUUUUAUUUGUUUAAGACAGGUCCAGUGUAGCCCAGGCUAGCCUCAGAUUCAUUAUAUACCCAAGGAUGGACUCGAACUCCUGAUCCUCUUGUUUCUACUUCCUAAGUACUGGGAUUACAGACUUAAACUAUUGUGCCCAGCUUCAGAUGUGAAGCAUAAAAGUAUUCCUAUUUGAUGCAAGGGGCAGAAGGCACAGCACUAAUUCUGAGGCUUCCUAAAGCAAUCAGCUGAAGCAGGGGCUCCACGGAGGUGACAUGAGCAGGGAGAUCCUUUGGGUAAUAUCUUAAGUGCUAGUGGUAGGAGAUGUAGAGUAAAAAAGAAUAGGGUGUUCAACAAGACCAAACUGAUACAUACUGCCUUCUGCACUUGGGCUGGGGCAGGUGAAUACAGCCAGGACUUAUGUGCCAGGGUUGGGAGAGGUCUAGAAGGGUCUCAGCUGAGCAUCACAUGAAAGGACUCUGGGGGAUUGAGGCCUCGUGACAGGGGCAAGGGGAGGGAGUGAAGGGUGGUGAGAGCGUCUGGAAUGUCCUGCUGCUGAGGAGGGAGAGCGGGCAGUCAAAAAGAAUAGUGCAUCUUAUGACUGCUCUUCAGUGGCUGAGAGGAGCAUAGACCAAACCCCCAGCAGAACCCUGGGCUUCCUUCCUGUGGACAUUAGACUUGGGUUAAGGACAGUUCUCUGUGCUGAUACGUGUGCUUGUGUGUGUGUGUGUGUGUGUGUGUGUGUGUGUGUGUGUGUGUGUGUGUGAAAGUUCCUUAAUCUGGCUUCUUCAUUUGUACUGCAAUUUCCAGGCUUUUUUUUCUUUUCAUUUCUUUUUUGAGAUGGAGUUCCUUAAUGUGCAAAUGUUCUGUUGAUACCCACAGGUCGAGGUUCUUAAGGCACUGUGCUUACAUUUCAAACCCUGACUUUAGUUUUUGUAUUUUUCCCACCAUGUGAGUCUGGGGAACAUUAGGCUAGGCAGCAAGCAUCUUUACCCCAUAAGCCACCUCAUUUGCCCAAGAUUUUUCUUCUGAAUACAAACUUCAGACAGGACCAGCAAGCAGUAAGGAUAAAGCAAAUGUAUCAAACUGUUGGUGGGAUCUGGGAUCUGGAUUCAGGAUCCAGGAAUCAGAACUGGCAUGGCGUCUCGAGGCAACUUGUAACUAAAGUCUGGAAUAAGCAGCUGUACCCUGAGUGGACAGAGGUGCAGGGGUCUAACUGCUGGAGAGGUGGCCAGGUGUCUCUGAAGGUCAGGAAUGAUGGCCCUACACUGGUUGGUGCAAAUACCUCCUUUUCCAUUGCUCUGCACUUCCCUGGAAGUCAAAAGGUACUGCCGGAUGGUCAGGUUAUCUGGGUCAACAACACCAUCAUCAAUGGGAGCCAGGUGUGGGGAGGACAGCCAGUGUAUCCACGGGAACCUGAUGAUGCCUGCAUUUUCCCUGACGGUGGACCCUGCCCAUCUGGUCCCAAGCCUCCGAGGAGAAGCUUUGUUUAUGUUUGGAAGACCUGGGGACAAUACUGGCAAGUUCUGGGGGGCCCGGAGUCCAAGCUGAGCAUUCCAACGGGUCACGCAAGGCUGGGCACACACACCAUGGAAGUGACUGUCUACCACCGACGGGGGUCCCAGAGCUACGUGCCCCUGGCUCACUCCAGUUCAACCUUCACCAUCACUGACCAGGUGCCCUUCUCCGUGAGUGUGUCCCAGCUACAGGCCUUGGAUGGAGAGAACAAGCGCUUCCUGAGAAACCAUCCUCUCAUCUUUGCCCUUCAGCUCCACGACCCCAGUGGCUAUUUGGCUGAGGCUGACCUCUCCUACACCUGGGACUUUGGAGACAGUACUGGAACCCUGAUCUCUCGGGCACCUGACGUCACUCACACUUAUCUGGAGCCAGGCUCAGUCACUGCCCAUGUGGUGCUGCAAGCUGCCAUUCCUCUUGUUUCCUGUGGUUCCUCCCCAGUGCCAGGUACCACAGAUGGCUAUGUGCCAACUGCAGAGCCCCCUGGAACCACGCCCAGGCAAGGAGCCACUACAAAGGGGCAGAUGCCGACCACAGAGCCCCCUGGAACCACGGUUGUGCCAACCACAGAGGUCACAGCUACGACCUCUGAACAGAUGCUGACCUCAGCGGUCACAGAUACGACGCUGGCAGAGAUGUCAACUCCAGAGAGUACCACACCCGCAAGGCCCUCUGGAACCACAGUUGCACAGGCAACAAUCACAGAGUUGGUGAGAACUACUGCUGAAGAAUUACCCACCCCUAAACCCGAGGGUUCAGAUGCCAGCCCACUGCUGCCCACACCAAGUUCUACAGGGUCCGUUAGCCGUCUACUGGAUGACACAGACACCAUAAUGCUUGUGAAGAGACAAGUCCCCCUGGAUUGUGUUCUAUAUCGAUAUGGUUCUUUUUCCCUCACCCUGGAUAUCGUCCAGGGUAUUGAAAGUGCUGAGAUCCUGCAGGCUGUGCCAUCCAGUGAGGGGGACGCCUUUGAGCUGACUGUGUCCUGCCGAGGCGGGCUACCCAAGGAAGCCUGCAUGGAUAUUUCAUCACCAGGGUGCCAGCCCCCUGCCCAGAGGCUGUGCCAGCCUGUGCCACCAAGCCCAGACUGCCAGCUGGUUCUACACCAAAUACUGAAAGGCGGCUUGGGGACUUAUUGCCUCAAUGUGUCUUUGGCUGAUGCCAACAGCCUGGCAGUGGCCAGCACCCAACUUGUUGUUCCUGGUCAAGAAGGCAGCCUUGGGCAGGCUCCCUUGCUUGUAGGUGUCUUACUGGUGUUGGUGGCUGUGGUCCUUGCAUCUCUGAUAUAUAGGCACAGACUUAAGAAGCAGGACUCAGUUUCCCAAACGCCACAUGGCAGCACUCACUGGCUGCGCCUGCCUCCAGUCUUCUGCGCUCGCCGCCUCGGUGAAAGCAGUCCGCUCCUCAGCGGGCAGCAGGUUUAAGCAUUCUCCAUGCUGUGGAUUUCCUGGGGCUGACAGCAGUGCCUGUAUUUUCUGCAGUCUUCCCUCCAAGAUUACCAACCAAUAUCUGAAAUAAAUUCUCAGAACCUUG